AUGGAAGAGAAAUACAAAUACCCAGGCCUGGAAAUUCUGGAGAAGACCCCAAAAUCGGGUGUUUUCUAUGUUAUCUUGAAUCGUCCAUCGCGACGCAACGCUCUCUCCCAUGAUUUCUUUACACACUUCCCCAAGGCCCUCUAUGCCCUCGAUCACAACCCCGACGUCAAGGUCAUUGUCUUGUCCGCCGCUGGCAACCACUUCUGCUCCGGCAUCGACCUCUCCAUUUUGGGAUCAACAGCAGCCAAUUCCGGUUCCGGCGAGUCCCUUCGCCGACAGAUCAUGGCGAUGCAAGAUGCGGUGACGGCCCUGGAACGGUGCCGUAAGCCGGUGAUUGCGAGUAUCCACGGAGCGUGCAUCGGUGGUGCAAUUGACAUCGUGACGGCUUGUGACAUAAGAAUGUGCACGAUGGAGGCGUUUUUCUCAGUGAAAGAAGUGGAUUUGGCCCUGGCGGCUGAUCUGGGAACUCUCCAGAGGCUGCCUCUUAUUGUGAGGUUUGGCAACGCCAUGGAACUGGCUUUGACCGGUCGCACUUUCUCGGGUGAGGAGGCUAAGGAAUUAGGUCUCGUUUCUCGCGUUUGCGACUCCAAACAUCACCUCGAUCAGGCUGUCCUGGAUGUCGCUCACGCAAUUGCCACCAAGUCCCCCCUUGCGGUGGUUGGGACAAAAAUGGUUCUGCUUAAAAGUAGGGACUUAACUGUGGACCAGGGGUUGGAUUAUGUUGCAACCUUGAAUUCUGCCAGAUUGUUUUCCACUGACUUAACUGAAGCAGUGACGGCACAGAAGCAGAAACGCAAGCCAGUGUUUUCCAAGCUCUGA